AAAAUUAACACAAUUUUGCUGAUAUCGUUCCCGAAAAGUCUGCAAAACAACUGCCGCCAAAAUGUCCUUCAAAGGCAACACCAAAGUACAAAAGGUGAUGGUCCAGCCCAUCAAUUUGAUUUUUCGUUAUUUACAAAAUCGUUCCCGCGUUCAAGUGUGGCUGUAUGAAAAUGUCAAUCUCCGUAUCGAGGGACACAUCGUGGGCUUUGAUGAAUACAUGAAUUUGGUGUUGGACGAUGCCGAAGAGGUUUGGACGAAGACAAGAACGCGCAAAAAUUUGGGACGCAUUAUGCUGAAGGGUGACAAUAUUACGCUGAUACAGAAUGUUAGCCCCUCAAAAGAUUGAGGUUAAGUCUCGAGCUGGAACAAUAA